GGAUCCGACAACACCUCCACUGGCACGGCUUUGGUCCUGUACUUCCUACUGGCAGACCCGCGGUACUAUAAGAUGGCCCAAGCCGAGGUCGACAGGACGUUCCCUGAUCGGAACGGGACGCUGAGCCACACCGUUCUCGCGGAGCUUCCCUUCCUCAACGCGGUCCUGAGCGAAUCACUUCGUCUAGGAACGCCGUUCUUCCUUCCUCGUGUCGUCCCUCCGGAGGGUAGGAUGAUCGACGGACGUUUCGUUCCAGGAGGCACUAUCGUGGCGAUCGCCGCUUAUUCGCAACAAGUUAGCCCGGACAACUUUUAUCCCGACCCGAUGGACUUCCGCCCCGAACGUUGGUUGGACGGUGGCCUUGGGCCCGGCUCCAUCACGAACAAGACGGCGCUACAUUCGUUCUCGACAGGCCCCUACGUGUGCCUCGGCAAACCGCUUGCGUGGAUCGAGUUGCGACAUCUUCUUGCGCGUAUACUCCUCACCUACGACAUGGAACUGCCUGCCGACUUCGAUAUCGCGGGUUACCGGAAUGGGAUAUUGAACAUGCGCACGACGUGCAUGGAGACGCCUCUCACCGUUCACGCGAAGAGACGUCCGGGCGUCGACAUUGACCUACAUUUGUGA